AUGCCGUCCGUCGAGCCCGUCCGAGCUCGAACUAUCGCGCCACUCCCCUCCAAGUCCUCAUCCCUACGACGUGCUGCCCGACUUGACAUCGACACCAACCCGUCAGAUCUUGCCGCCAUGAAGCGCGCCUCCAACUCCAACCUCUACUCUAUAGAGGCGGACAUCGCUGCACCGCCUUCCCCGUCCAAGCGCAGGAAUUCGGCCUCUUCUGAAUCGGAGUACUCUUCGCCCUCACCCACCACGCCACUCAAACCCCUUCGUUCCAGCCUCUCCAAAAAGGCACCGCCACCAGGAAGCAUGGCUGCCAUCAACUCAAUAAGCGGCACCAGCUCGGCCAACUACCAGGGCAUGUACCUCAGUUUUGUCAUCAACGCGCUCUCCGAGAAGGAGAAGGGCAACACUGGCCCUUACUACGAGCUUCUCGUCCAAUUCGCAGAGCCAUCCACGGGCAGAUCAGGCGCCUCGGUCUCUUCCUUGCGCUCGCUUCUCGCUGCUCUCUCGCACGUCGUAUCCGACUUGGAUCGAUCACAUACUAAGCUCGUCGAGAGCAUUUUUGCUCUUCCCUGGACAUCCAUGGACGACAGCUUUGCGCAGAUGUGGAUCAAGUUUGUAUGCAGCUUGGUCAGCGCAAGGGGCGAGUGGCUCACGGUCAUCCUCACAAAGGCGACAAAGGCUCUCUCGUACCGACUCGAGUGGCUACCGUAUCAGUUUGCCGACGAGUCCGGCAAGAGAUCCGUCUCUACACUCAAGCGCAGACAGGUCUAUGAGCGAGUCCAUCUCCUCAUCCGUUCGCUGCUGAGCGUCGUACCUACGCUGCCUGGUGUUCUGGGCCCGCUGCUUGUACAAUUUCUGCCACACAAGAUGGUGCAUCGCUCCGAUCAACUCGUCUACAUGCGCAACAUCCUACACGUCAGCGAGUACUGCGCAGAGCUGUCGGAAGCCAUCCUCGGCGCUGUCAUUGACCGUGCCAUCCAGCUCGAUGUAGAGAUUCAAGUCGAGCUCGACGAGUUUGACGACGACGAGGCCGAAGAGCUCGGUCUGGAUUUCGAAGACCCAUUCGAGCAGGCGCUCGAUGACAUCGAUGAGGGAGACAGUUCCGACGACGAUGAUGAAAGCGACGCCGGCGACUUUGCCGACAACCUCUCGGACCUAUCUGACGAGAAUUACGAACAAGGUGUAGCGACAGAAGAGCAAAAGCGUACCCAGGAGGACCUGCAACGGUCCAUGCGACGCAUUCGCGAGUCUGUGGCCAAGCUCGACGCCAUCAUGAUCGCCCUGUUCGAGCAUCUUCGCAAGCUCGAUGCGCAGUACGUCGCCGGUGCCAACAGCUUGACCUACAACAGCCCCAUGGACUCGAAUGCGAAUCGACGCAAUCUCUUCCACACGCUCCUCUCCAUCUUUGCUCGCAACAUCUUGCCCACCUUCCGAUCACGGCACGUGCAGUUCCUGCUCUUCUGGUUCAACUCGCUCGACCCCGAGUUUUCCGACUUCUUCCUUGGUGUUCUGCUCGAGAAGAGUCUGUACAGCAAAAGGAUCGAUCACGGACAAACGGACGAGCCGGCGGUGAUCAGAUCCGCCGCCGCAGGCUAUGUGGCAAGCUUCGUCAGCAGAGCCUCUUACGUCGACGGUCCCACCACACGGGUCGUGCUCUACAACCUCUGUGCCUUCCUGGACGCACACAUCGACGAGAGCAGCCGUACCGACACCGAGGCCGGAUCAGCCGCCCCCGGAACAGGCACACACUCGGUGUUCUACUCGGUGGUGCAAGCGGCGUUCUACAUCUUCUGCUUCCGAUGGCGGGAUCUCAAGAUCACCAACGAAGAGCAAGAUGCUGGAGCGGACGAUCUGGACUACCAAGACGCGGAUGAGAUCGGCGGAGGCAUGCACGAUAGCGUUGGCAGUUUGGGUCAGUUUGGCGCAGAGGCGUGGUGCGAUGGAUUGACGUCUCUGCAGAGAGCUGUGACUUCUCGACUGAAUCCGCUCAAGUACUGCUCCGCCAACGUGGUCAAACAAUUUGCCAGGAUCGCACAGCACACCGGAUUCCUCUACUGCUAUUCGAUCAUCGAAGCCAACAACCGAUCGGUUCGCAGCCGAAGCAACCCGGUCUCGCGAUCCACCUCGCUCAACAGGCUGCAGCUGGACGCAUCCGGGUCGAGCACACCCAUGAGUCAGGACGGCAGCGAUCGUGGAACUCCCAAACCGGACUCCCCGCAGACGAAACAAGCACCGGCGACGGCUGCGGCUCCAGCGGCAGUGACAACAUCCUCGGUGCUGGAAUCCUUCUUCCCCUUCGACCCGUACAAGCUGGAAUCGUCCGCGUCGUUCAUCGAACCACUCUACCGGGAAUGGUCGGAAGUGGCGCCGGAGGAAGACGGUUCGGAGUCCUCCGACGACGACGACGACGACGAGGAUGACGAGGAUGAAGCCGAUGACGUCCGACGCAACGAAAGCGGACUUGCUAUCCCCGGAUCGAAAGCGAGGAAGAGCAGAGGAGAGGACGACGACGACGAGGAGGAGGAGGAGGAAGACGAUGGGAACAGCUCGUCGUUUGUCUCGCAGGUAGAGGCUAUGAGCAUCAGUCCCUACGUCUGA